CAUGCCGCAUUAUGAACCUCAGGACGACGUUUUCACCUCAAAUUCUCACUUUCUAUCGCCGGCUAUGGCGACGACCAAGAAAUCACCCUCGCGACAAAGCCUUAGUGCUCGCCGUUCAACGGCAUCGCUCCGCAGUCCUUCGAGCCUGGGCCAUGUCAUCGAGGACGAUGCCUCAGGGGGGAGGCAGCACUCUCUGGCUCAUGAACUUGCGGUGGCACUUAUGCCUGAACCUAGUGCAGGCUCGCGGCUGCUUGCAGAGGAAUUCGGAAUCGAAUACGACGAAGGUGCUGAAGGGAUAGACAAUGAACCUAAUCAGCACCACCAGCUCAACGGAGAGAUCCCUGAUCCCGAAACCGACGCACCGUCUCUUGUGUCAGAGCUCGGGACAUCCGCGAGCGACGCGUCUUUUCAUGACCUGCCAUCAGAAGCAGACGAGCCCCCGCAAGAACAUGAAAUAGACUUCAACUUUGGCAGCCCCGUCUCCUCUAAGAAGAGGCUUCAACAGAAGAAGCCGGAGCUGGAUCCUAUGGAGGUUCUGGCGCACGAUCUAGAAUCGACCGACAAGUUCCUAAGUCAUUUGCGGUCAAUCGACGUCGAUCAUGGGGCUUCCGCAUCGCAACAGCCGACCUUAGAAAAGCUUGCGUCGGAUGUCAUUCGACGAAUAAACGACACUGCUCGAGAUAGGGAAGGUCAGGUGCGGGAGUUGUUGGAGUAUGAGAGGGAGUUUAGGAAGAUCGCAGGAGAGGUUGGAGGUGGCGACGUUCUCAGCCAACUCGAUGAAUUGACACACAUAGAAGACCUCUCAGAUCGCCACCCAGCUCAGGAGACGUCGAAGUUGGAGAAUCGGCACCUAGACGUGGUGGAAGAGGAACCGAAGUCCCCUGUAGGCAAGAUAUCCCAUGCUGCAGACUGGGAAUUAGACCCUGAUAGACACCACCUUGGAGAUGAGGACGAGGAUCCAUCCGAACCUGCGACAUCACCUAUCAAAGACUCCUUUCCUCCACCACCUUCCAUGCAUGGGCCAGCAACGCCAGCGAGCACUGUUCCUCAACUGACACACAUCCGAACUUUUACGACAUCCCUCAUUUCAUCACUAACAACGAUCUCCGAGCAAGCCCAGGUUAAUGGUGCUGCCACAACGGAAGCUGGAAGGAAAAUCCGCGCCUUAAAGAACAAACUCGGAGGUUGGCGAACAGAUUGGGAUAGUGCUGAACGUAGUCGAUUGCGAAUAGAGAAGUGGGAAGCGGGUAUCACUGAUGGAGAGAAUCUUGAAGGAGAUGCGAUCCCUACGUCUCCGACUCGACAAGCAGCAAAACGACUGGAUGGGCGGAAGAUCGCACAAGAACACAUUGAUGCUUUUACGCUCGCACUCCAGGAUGCAUCCACGCAGACACAAGCUAUUAUGGCGCGAAUCCGGUA